AUGUCAAUCUCCAACACCACCAACUUCACCAACCCCUCCGCCUUCAUCCUGCUGGGCAUUCCGGGCCUGGAAACAGCCCACGUCUGGAUCUCCAUCCCCUUCUGCGCCAUGUACGCCAUAGCCCUCUUGGGGAACUCUGCCAUCCUGUUCAUUGUGAAGAAGGAGCCAAGUCUCCACGAACCCAUGUACUAUUUCCUCGGCAUGCUGGCCGUCACCGACCUGGUCCUCUCCACGUCCGUUGUGCCCAAAGCCCUCAGCAUCUUCUGGUUCAAUUCCAGGGAGAUCGAUUUCAGUGCCUGCCUCACCCAGAUGUUCUUCCUUCACUGUUUCUCAGUGGUGGAGUAUGGGAUUUUCGUGGCCAUGGCGUUUGAUCGCUAUGUGGCCAUCUGCCAUCCCCUGAGACAUUCCACUGUCCUGACGAACCUCGUUGUGGCCGAGAUCGGCCUGGCUGUGAUGCUGCGCAGUGGUGUGCUUGUACUGCCCUGUGUCCUUCUGGCACAGCAGUGGCCGUAUUGCAGAACCAACGUCAUCCCGCAUUCGUACUGUGAGCACAUGGCCGUGGUGAACCUGGCCUGUGCCGACACCCGGGUAAGUUCUUACUAUGGCCUCUCUGUGGUAAUCUUAGUGACCGCUAUGGACAUGGUUUUAAUCGCUGUGUCCUAUACACAGAUCCUCAGGGUAAUUUUUAGCCUUCCCACCAAGGACGCCCGGCUCAAGACCUUUGGGACCUGCGGCUCCCACAUCGCUGUCAUUUUAAUCUGUUACAUCCCAGCUCUCUUCUCCUUCCUCACCCACCGCUUUGGCCGGAAUGUGCCCCUUCAUUUCCACAUUCUCAUGGCCAACGUCAACCUCCUGGUGCCCCCCAUGCUGAACCCCAUCAUCUAUGGGGUGAGGACCAGACAGAUCCGGGACAGGCUCCUCCGGCUCAUUACUCAUAGAGGCACCUGA